CGCGGCGGCGAUGUCCGCGAGGCCGGCGAGCGCCGCGGCGGUAGCGGCGGGGCCUCGCGCGUGGCUGGGCGGCCUGUGCUGCGGCCUCCCCGCGGGUCCCUGGAAGCGGGCGCGCGGCCGGCGUGGGAGCAGAGGCGGAGGUCCUGGCGCGUCCUUCUGCCCCGCAGCCUGAGCCCGGGCGGCUGGAGGGCUCGGCUGCCCGAGGAUGGGAAUUCUCUUCACCCGGAUCUGGAGGCUGUUCAAUCACCAGGAGCACAAAGUUAUCAUUGUUGGGCUGGACAAUGCAGGGAAGACUACCAUCCUAUACCAGUUUUCCAUGAAUGAAGUUGUACAUACAUCCCCUACAAUAGGAAGUAAUGUGGAAGAGAUUGUGGUUAAUAAUACACGUUUCCUGAUGUGGGAUAUUGGCGGCCAAGAAUCCCUGCGUUCUUCCUGGAAUACUUACUAUACCAACACAGAGUUUGUAAUUGUUGUUGUGGACAGCACAGACAGAGAAAGAAUUUCUGUAACUAGAGAGGAGCUCUACAAACUGCUAGCCCACGAGGACCUAAGGAAAGCUGGGUUGCUGAUUUUUGCUAAUAAGCAAGAUGUCAAAGAAUGCAUGACAGUAGCAGAAAUCUCCCAGUUUUUGAAGCUAACUUCUAUAAAAGACCAUCAGUGGCAUAUCCAAGCUUGCUGUGCUCUUACUGGCGAGGGGUUAUGCCAAGGACUUGAUCGGAUGAUGUCACGGCUGAAGAUAAGAUGAUCUCUGCUGACCUCUUCUCACGGACUCUGUAUGAACAAAGUGCUGGACUUCACCUGAAAGCUGCAAAAAUGGUUUAGAUAUAUUUAUAAUAAACU